AUGGCAUUUGCCACAAUCAAUUCCUCUUUCUCAGCACCCAUGCCAAGUAACCCUAUAAUUGACAACGCCUUCGCCGCCGAACCUACACUCAAGAAACGCGUCUAUGAUGCCAUAAGACAAACCCCACAGUCUGCGCCGCUUUUCGAGGACAUCGCCAGAUAUACCUCCAGCCUGCUGGCCAGGACUGCCACCAACGCUCGAGUCUUGCCCAUCGAGGCCGAUAGUGGCGAUGGCCCAGCUGCAAAGAAGCGGAAAAUCCUGAAUGGUAAUGGAAAUCACACAGCUGGCGCUGCACAGCAAUCUCCAGGAGAAUUGAAAGCCGACGCACCGCUACUAUUCUACAUGCAGGAUGUUUCCUUUGCUGUGCCGCAGCGGAAGAAGCUGACGUUGGAAAUUACCGCUGGUGGUGGUUUCCUCCGUGCGAGAAACCAGGCGACGAAAGAGGUGGAGUUUGGAGUUCAAUUAGACAAGAUCCAGCACGUUUUGUGUCUUCCGGUUCCUGAAAAGAAUCAACGACAGUUCAAUUUCUGCGUUAUCCCGCGUUAUAGCGACGGUAUAAAUGUCCCGCCCGAAGGUGUCGCUGCUCCUGAAUGUAUUGUGUGGACGGUGGCCGAUGCGCCACCCAAAGCAGCAUUCUCAGGAGCUGGCCAGCAACUGGGGACAGCCGAGGGCGAGACCGCGGAGAAGGUGGUUCAGCAGUUUUUGAACGAGAACCUGGCGCAGAAGGUGAUCCGCCCCGAUGAGCGGCAAUUCGUCAGUGCGAUACCGGAGGCCCAUCGAAAGGGCGAGAAGGCCUUUCAUGUGAAGGCCCAUCGCGGGAGUAAAGAUGGGUAUCUGUUCCUUCUCUCCACUGGGAUUUUGUUUGGUUUUAAAAAGCCUUUGAUCUUCUUUGCUUUUGAGAACAUUGACUCGAUUUCUUAUACAUCAGUCCUGCAGCGAACAUUCAAUCUCAACAUUCUGGCCCGUCCAACUGCCAGUGACGAAACACAGGAGUUCGAGUUCUCCAUGAUUGACCAGGCCAACUUCUCCGCGAUCGACGCCUAUAUAAAGAAGCACGGUCUACAAGAUGCCAGUCUUGCAGAAGCUCGUCGUGCAAAGCGCUACAAUAUUAACGGUACCAAGACCGUGGAGGACGCGGCCGCUGGUAACGAAGGGGCUGCUGAGGAAGAAGAGACUGAAUUGCAAAAGGCACAACGUGAAUUUGAAGAUCAAGAAGAGGAGGACGAGGAAGAUUAUGACCCUGGCAGCAGCAGCAGCAGCGAUGGAAGCGGCAGCAGCAGCGAAGAUGAAGACGACGACGAUGGCCAGAAUGACGAUGAGGAGGAAGAUGAUAUAGAGGAAGACGAGGUAGAUGGUCGAGACCUGGUGGCGGAAGAGCUCGGUAGCGAGGCCGAGGAUCUACCGGCCGAUGAUAUGUUAUAA